GUACGCGAACUGUUAUCCAACAGCUAUAGAAAUGGUAGCGAGUGGUAGGGUAGAUGUUAAACCGUUAAUCACCCACAGGUUUACCCUGGAAGAAACUGUUAAAGCAUUUGAAACCGCUAAAACGGGAGCUGGAGGUGCGAUCAAAGUUAUGAUAAAGUGCUGAUCAAUUGAUGAUCAAAUGAUGAUCAAUUGAUGAUCAAGUGCUGAUCAAUUGAUGAUCAAAUGAUGAUCAAUUGAUGAUCAAGUGCUGAUCAAUUGAUGAUCAAUUGCUGAUCAGUGUAAGAUCAAAUAAUGAUUCGUGUAUGAUCAAGUGCUAAUCAGUGAAGGAUCAAGUGCUGAUCAGUGUAUGAUCUAUUGCUGAUCAGUGUAUGAUCAAGUGCAGAUCAGUGUAUGAUCAAUUGCUGGUCAAUAUAUGAUCAAUUACUAAUCAGUGUAUGACCAAGUGCUAAUCAGUGUAUGACCAAUUGCUAAUCAGAGUAUGAUCAAGGGCUAAUCAGUGUAUGAUCGAGUACUGAUUAGUGUAUGAUCAAGUGCUGAUCAGUGUGUGAUCAAGUGCUGAUCAGUGUAGGAUCAAGUGUUGAUCAGUGUAUGAUCCAGUGCUGAUCAUUUUAUGAUCAAGUUUUGAUCAGUGUAUGAUCCAGUGCUGAUCAGUGUAUGAUCAAGUGCUGAUCAGUGUAUGAUCAAGUGCUGACCUGUGUAUGAUCAAGUGAUAAUCAGAUUAUGAUUAAUUGCUGAUCAGUGAAUGAUCAAGAACUGAAUAAGUAAUGAUCAAAAACUGAUCAAUCGAUUAUCAAGAUUGAUCAAGGUGGAUCAAGAUUUAUCAAGGAUGAUCAAGGACUGAUCAAUUCAAUAAAUAAAUGAUUCAGUGCUUAACAGUUUCGAAAUAUUGUUCAUUUAGUGAUUUGUAAUUCUUAAUCAAACUUUAUUCAAUUUUUAUAAUCAUAUUGAUAUUAUAUAAUGUCAAAAUCUGAUUAAAAUUGUAUUUCAUUUAUUGUUUAUAUAUGUAUAUUGUAUUAUCAAGUGGUGAAAAGUUCAAAUACUGAUCCUAACUCAUCGGAUACUGAUCAAUUGCUGUUUUGUUGAUCAAAUACUGAUCGAAAACUGAUAAAAUACUGUUCAAAUACUUGUCAAAUGCUGAUCAAAUGCUGAUCAAAUGCUGAUCAAAUGCUGAUCAAAUGUUGAUCAAAUACUUAACAGGAUAUGAAUUCGCUAUAAUCGAAAUUGAUCAAACUCAGUGCAUUUUACUAAUCAGCUAACUUUUUGUUAAAAAA